UAAAUAAGUAUCCCAAUGGAGUCCCGAGGGCGCGCAUGCGCACUUCCCCGACGUCUCGGGUAAACAGAACCCCGCUGAGGCAGGCGGCUGAGUUGGCUGGCAGUGAGGGAGAGGCCUAAGCCAGGAAAGGCGGAAGUAGGCCCGGACGGGACCAUCUCACCUCGGAGGGGGGGGGGAGAGAAGAGGUUUCGUCGAUUUGGAUUGUACCAUUGUUGUUUUUUUUUCGGGGAGGGGGUGAGUUCCAGGGAUGCGUCGCUGAGGGAGAAAGCGGCGCCAAGAUGGCGGAGGCGGCGCGGAACAGCUCCUCUCCGCCGCCGCCGACAACGCCGCCCGCUUUGGACCCGGAGUUCCCCCCUCAGAGCCGGCCGCGCUCCUGCACUUGGCCGCUGCCCAGGCCCGAAGCGGCGGCGGGGCCCGAAGCAGAGGCAGGCGGCGGGGCCGGGAGCGGCCUAGGCAGCCCCGAGGAGCCUGGAGUCGCCGCCGCGGCGGGAAUAGGAGGAGGAGCAGGACCAGGAGGAGGAGGAGGAGUGGGGCCCGCGCCCCGCAAGAGCACCGGCAACAGCAGCAGCAGCGGCGGCGGGGCGCGUCGUAACGCCUGGGGCAGCCAGUCGUACGCCGACCUCAUCAGCCAGGCCAUCGAGAGCGCCCCGGAGAAGCGCCUGACCCUGGCCCAGAUCUACGAGUGGAUGGUCCGCUCCGUGCCCUACUUCCGCGACAAGGGAGACAGCAACAGCUCCGCCGGCUGGAAGAAUUCCAUCCGACACAACCUCUCCCUGCACAGUAAGUUUAUGAAAGUGCACAAUGAGGCCACUGGGAAGAGCUCUUGGUGGAUGCUCAAUCCGGAAGGGGGUAAGAGCGGGAAGGCUCCACGGAGGAGAGCAGCCUCUAUGGACAACAGCAGCAAGCUGGCCAAAGUCCGAGGGAAAGCCUCCAAGAAGAAGGCGGCAGCCAUGCAGGUGGCCCCGGAGCCUACCGCCGACAGCCCCGGCUCCCAGUACCCACCCAAAUGGCCCGGCAGCCCUUCUUCCCGCAGCAAUGAGGACUCUGACGUGUGGACCAGCAUCCGCCCUCGGACCAGCUCCAAUGCCAGCAACAUCAGUGUGCGGCUCUCUCCCAUCCUGACCGAGCAGGACGACCUGGCGGAUGAAGAGCUCUUGCCAUCCCUGGUCUACUCCAGUGCCUCCAACAAUGUCCCUCCCACAGUGACGGAGGAAUUGGAACUCAUUGAUGGCCUGAACCUGAUGUCACCCAGCUCAUCCCUUUUGCCAGGCCAGCAGCCGGCUUCCGGUAGCCUGGUCCAAAGGAGCACCAGCUUCCCUUUGCGUGCACAGAGCUCAGCCACGCAGGCUUCACCCUUCAGUAGCUCCCUCUUUGGUCCCAUUGAUGUCCCUUUGCACGGCUCUUCUGGUCACUUCUCAGGCCCACAGACCCUGGAGGCCCUCCUGACGUCCAACUCUCCGCCACCCAGUGACGUGAUGAUGACACAGGUGGAUCCCAUCUUGCCACAGAGUGGAAACAGGCUGAACAGCCAGACCUUUCUGCUCCUGGGAGAGCAGUCCUCCAAAUCCAAGAUGGGCCUGGUUAACCCUCUCAGAAAGUCUUUGGAGCAGCAGCAGCAACAGCUGGAGUCGGCGAAUGCCACAACUUUACCCUCUCCCUUCACCAUGGCAGCCACUCCUUCAAAUGUGGCCGGCUUGUCAACCUUGAAGGCAGCAGGCUCCGGGCAGGUGGCACAGCUGGGCACGCAGCCCUCUCUGCCUUCUGCCAUGUUUGUCCCUUUUGGCAGCAACCAGGACAGGCUGCCCAACGACUUGGACGUUGACAUGUACAUGGAGAACCUCGAAUGCGACGUGGAUUACAUCAUCAACACUGACCUCAUGGAUGGAGAAGGACUGGACUUCAAUUUUGAACCCAUUCCAUCGGCUCCCAGCUACCCCAGCACAUCGCAGGCCUCCAGCCACACUUGGGUACCCAGUUAACUUCGUGAAUGACAAAGUGCCCUUUUGGUUCUGGAGCUUCCGCACCCCCCAGAAGAAGAGUCUGGAUUGCAAGGAGCACCCACCCGGCGGCUGUCCUACUGCUCUGCAAGCCGGCUGGGAGCAACGGGGCAAGCUAUGGGAGGAGGAGGAGGAGGAGGGGGAGAGCGAUUCUGUCAAGUGCCACAUCUUUUCCGGUGUCGACUGUCAGCCCCAGAGGAGCCUGAACAGAGCUCCAUCCAUGGCCAAAAACCCAUCCUGCCCCAUGAAAGCAUUUUCCAAAUUGGAUGAGGUUUGGACCCAGCUGUGUGAGUUGGAAGGGAGGUUGCCGGAAGAGGUGCCUCUCUAUCUCCUGCCUCAACUGUCCUUGGUGGGAAGGUGGUCUGCAAGCAACAUGGCCACCUGAAUUCGGAUGCCCCUUCUGUUGUGUCCCUUGGGCCUGGGUCCUUCUCUGACAGGAGGAGGAUGAGAGAAGGAAAGAAAGAGAGCAAGAGAAGGAAAAUCCCUCUCUGUGCACAGUAGCCAUGCAGGUGGGUGGACAGAGGGAAGGAGAAAGGCGAUGCCUGGCUCCCUUCUCACCGUUUCAGCCAAGCAGCCGCUCCCGGGAGCCGAAGGUGGGCUCAGCCUGGCCUGGCGAGGGCUUCACCUGUGCAAAGCACUUCCCUGGAACUCUGGCUUCCCCAAAACAGGUGCUAUCAAAAAGAAGAGGAGGAAGAAAAAGAA